AUGGCUGCAGCUACGGGGCCACCUAUCGACUUGUCCGCGCAGCUUCCAAGCGACGUAUACCAAGAGCAUUUCGAAUUCACUGAGGCUGUCCGCGAUAUCGUUACCUCCAUAGAUGGUCAGACCCCGGAAAGCACAAUACGCUAUCAAGUUGAGCUGCUCCUCGCACUUGUCGGCAGAGACCUAUCGAAACUUCACCGCCUCGUUGAAGUCGUCAACGCCAGGAUUGUGAGUCGAUCGAGCUGGGCCAUAGCAAUAGGCGUAAAGUUCUACAGGGCACUGUUCACCGCAAUCGAUCCGGAUCUGGAGCUCGAAGUCUUCGUCAAAAGGCUCAUGGGCGCCGACAUCGCCGGCCUGUACAUUCUCGAAGUUGCUGGACAGUUCAUUGCCAAGUCGGAAUGGGCACCUGAAUCAAUCAACGUCCUGGAGUUCUCACUGUGCUUUUUCAGAGCCUUUCCGGUUGAACAUCGCGGAUUGGCGAUAGCGAGGCAUCUGGGGUGCGGUUUAUUGGAGAAGAUGGCUACGUCACCCUGCCUGCCGUUCCACAAUAACUUCGAUACAUUCGCUACCUUCGCAUACAAAGUCAUCCCUCUGCUUGAUACCGCAGACGAGAGCUCGCAAUCUAGCCGCGUCACCGACAUCCUACAGGCUUUGAAAGCGGCGGACUAUGAAAAGACGGAUGAGGAGAAGGCCGAACUAGAGCUCAUGUGCAACGAACUGGGGCGGUCCAACCUCUACCAGAACUAUACAGAGGAUACUGUGGGCGAGCAUAUAGACUCUCCUGAGUUCCAUUACGUAUACAGCGAGGGUCGAUUCAGCCUCAUUCCACUUCAGAAGCUCGACCAGGAGAUCAAAACCAGCUGGAAGCUGUUCACCACAACACCGAAUUGGGAAUUGCCAGCUAUCGAACGUUUGCUCAAGAGCAUCUCUGGAGCCAUGAAGAUUGACGCUCCAACCUGGGUACAGACCGUUACGCUCGACAUGAUAGAGGUCAUAAUGCAGUCAGAGCAUCUUUUCUUGCACAAGAACUUGGAGAUACUGGUCGGCUUUAUCCGUCCUGUUGCACCGGCGCUUGACGCUAUGGCUGAUACUCAUCAAUGUGGUCGAUUGACGGCUCUGCUACAUGAUCUCAGUAUCCAGAGCUGUAUGCAGUCAGUACAGGAUCGCGAUGCCAUCGAGGUUCUCCGCUGA